AUGUCCUCAUUUUCAGAUAAUCAGCAACCGUCAUCAUCUCAGUUCUACCCACCACAAUCAGCACAGCCAUAUAACUCAAUAUUUGGCGGCCCUAGCAGCGAUGCUGAUCCACCGCCAUCUUCUCUGCCGGAGCCUAUCCGGAGGUCUCGAGGAUCACUAUUCGGUGGUCCGAGCGGACUGGAUGUCAUUACCGAGCAGGAAAAUGUCUCUAGCUCCAUGAAUGUGGGUGAGGUCGAGAGUGAAGAAGAUGACUUUGGCGUGAUCUUGCGCGAGAGACCGUUGGACGCCUAUUACGGAUCUGAUGGAGACAGCUUUCGAGGAGACGACAGAGGCAAGGAUGAAGAUGGUGGCCAGAGACAGCCGGAAUCAGACUCCGGUCCCCAGUGGAAGGGCAAACAGCCGAUGUUGCCAUCCUCGCCUGUGGAGAUAAGAUCUGCACCAGUGGCUACGACAUAUGUACUUGAUCGUGGCCUUGAUCUGCCUGCUCACGCGGAGCGUCCGAAUCGCUGGGAUGGGCCCCGGUCUACGUACAGACGGCUUACUGCAGAUGAACGGGGAGCCUAUGAAGGAAUAGUCACCAACCGAGCUAGAGACCUCGCGGCUCAUCUAUACAAUGCUUAUACCACUCGCACUCAACGCAAUCAGGCUCAGGGCGCGCCUCAAGAUCCCCAGGGACCUGAUGGGCAAGAGCGAAUCUUCCCUCCCAGACGCUGGGUUGCUUGGCCGAGGCCUGCUACUUAUGUACCGCGCCCGGAUGAGACAAUCCACCGGCAGCUUGAUGGACCUGAUUCAAUACGGAUGCCGCCUGAUUUGCGUCCUAGCUCAGCUCUUGAAGAGUCUAUCAUUGCAACUAUGAUGAAACAUGCCAAGGAAACUUUUAUGGCACGCGAACGGGACCUGGAAGAGGUGAAGAGCAAUCGUGUGAGGAGGGAGGAUGACCCCGACGGUAUGAAAGAUGAAGAUAUGAAGGAUUACGACGACGAGAAGGAUGAAGAUCCUCGUCCAGAUGCAGUGCCGCUUCAACCAGUUGUCCAAGCCGAUGACGGUGCAUCGAGACAACAACUACGUCCGCUAUCUCGAAAUGUUAUCACAGAGGUGGACCGCCUUUUAAUGGGACUGCAUCAUUCUGUGAAGAGUCGCUUCCACGACGACGACUCCGGCAGCGACUCCGAAGGCGAAAUAGACGAUACGGACUACGACGAGACAUCCCGAUCGCGAUCCAGACCAGCGAGUGGGAGCAGAAGCCGGUCACGCGGCCGUAAACGGGUUCGUCGGCAUUCAACUCAUUCACAAACGUCAAGCCAUCGCUCUAGAAGCAUGCGAUCGUCUACUGCAGCAAGUACUCAGGAGGGAAAUGUGCGCAGUACUUCUCGAUCUAGGGGACGGUCUCGUACCUCUCGAGGCAGCAGUGAUCUUUCCAUGAAAUACAGGCUCGGUCUGCGCGACUGGAGCGAGGUCAUGGGCCUUGCUGCUAUGAUGGGACUCCCAGAUUCAGCGGUGAUGCGUGCUUCGAAACGAUGUGCCGACCUCUUUGAACAAGACAUGACAUUCCGGACCUUCCACGAGGGCCGAUUCCAAAAAAUCCCUCGUCUGCAGGAAUCCUCUCGAUCUGGCUUGGAAUGGGAGUACUGUGAAAGCGAAUCCGACGCAGAGAUCCUGCCUGAACCAGAGCGGCUGAGCCCACCACCAGGCCCAGCUCCUGUUCCAGGACCAUCACCUCGUAAGCGCAAAUCCAAACCUAGGGUACGGUCACGGUCGCAAUCUCAAUCACGACGACAUCGCUCUACUUCGGCUGCCGCUCCGAUAGCCUCGACUGUCGCGGUCGAGAUACCAAACUCUGUUCCUGUUCCUACUCUUGAGAAUCAUGUUGAUUCCGAGAGCCAACCCCCGCCACCUCAAGCAUCACAAGCGCAACAAUUGCUACAAGCGCCCAGAGGCAAAGGCGAACAUCGUAAAGCCGAUCUUGUCUGCCCUAUCAAACGAUGUUCGCGGCAUACGAAUGGGUUCUCGCGGACGUGGAAUCUAAAUUUGCAUAUGAAACGGGUGCAUCCUGGGUAUACACCGAGUGAUCGUGAGCGAUCUCGAUCUCAGAGUACGGCUGGAGGGGUUGAAUUGAUUGAGAUUGACUAG